UAGAGAAAGGGUUUCACCAUAAUGGAUAGGCUGGUCUUGAACUCCUGACGUCGUGAUCUGCCCACCUCGCCUUCCCAAAGUGCUGGGAUUACAGGAGUCGCCAUCGUGCCCGGCCAAGAUCUUGAAAUCUUUAAAGAGCAAAUUAAAUGAUUACACACACUCCGCCUGCAGGAAUACUUAUCAGGGUUUUAAUGGAAUGGAUCGUGAUUAUGGCCCUGGAUCUUACGGAGGGAUGGAUCGUGACUAUGGCCAUGGAUCCUAUGGGGGUCAGAGAUCCAUGGAGUCCUACCUAAACCAGUCAUAUGGCAUGGACAAUCACAGUGGUGGUGGUGGGGGUAGCAGCAUAUGGGUGAUUUUGGAAGCAUUCAUAGACCUGGAAUUGUUGUUGACUAUCAAAACAAAUCCACCAAUGUGACAGUUGCUGCUGCAAGAGGAAUAAAGAGAAAAAUGAUGCAGCCGUUUAAUAAGCCCAGUGGAACCUUUAUCAAGAAACCCAAACUAGCAAAACCUAUGGAGAAGAUAAGCCUCAACAAAUCACCCACAAAAACUGAUCCUAAAAAUGAAGAGGAAGAAAAGCGACGAAUUGAGGCUCGGAGAGAGAAACAAAGGCGCAGAAGAGAAAAAAACAGUGAGAAAUACGGAGAUGGAUACAGAAUGGCAUUUACGUGUUCAUUUUGUAAAUUUCGAACGUUUGAAGAAAAAGAUAUUGAACUGCAUCUGGAAAGUUCUUCACAUCAGGAAACGUUAGAUCAUAUACAGAAACAAACUAAAUUUGAUAAAGUAGUUAUGGAGUUUUUGCAUGAGUGUAUGGUGAAUAAAUUCAAGAAAACAUCUAUUCGUAAGCAACAGACAAAUAAUCAAACAGAAGUAGUUAAAAUAAUUGAAAAAGAUGUUAUGGAAGGUGUUACUGCAGAUGAUCACAUGAUGAAAGUAGAGACAGUUCAUUGCAGCGCUUGCAGUGUGUAUAUCCCUGCCUUACAUAGUUCAGUUCAGCAGCACUUAAAGUCUCCUGAUCAUAUCAAAGGGAAGCAGGCUUAUAAGGAACAAAUAAAAAGAGAGAGUGUCUUGACUGCUACAAGCAUUUUAAAUAAUCCAAUAGUGAAGGCGCGAUAUGAACGUUUUGUUAAGGGUGAGAAUCCUUUUGAAAUUCAAGACCAUUCUCAGGAUCAGCAAAUAGAAGGAGAUGAGGAAGAUGAAGAGAAGAUUGAUGAACCUAUUGAAGAAGAGGAGGAUGAAGAGGAGGAAGAAGAAGCAGAGGAAGUGGGGGAAGUAGAGGAGGUGGAAGAAGUAGAGGAAGUGAGAGAAGGAGGAAUAGAGGGCGAGGGAAAUAUAGAGGGAGUGGGGGAAGGAGGGGAAGUAGGGGCAGUGGGAGAAGUAGAGGGAGUGGGGGAAGUAGAGGAAGUAGAGGAAGAAACAGCAAAGGAAGAACCGGCUGAUUUCCCUGUUGAGCAACCUGAAGAAAAUUAAAUAUAAGAUAUUAGAUUUAAAAGGAGCUUUACAUUUCGGUUCUAAUGUAAAAAAGGGUAAGACAUUUAAUAGCUUAAAAUAUGAAUUAACACCCAUGUUGCAUGCAUUCCACAUAUUAAAAUUUGUUUUAUAUAAUUUCUAAAUGUUUAACAUUUGUUUAAUAAAAUGAAGGUAAAACUAUUUUAGUUUAGUUUUUAUAGCUACCAAACUUAGAUCUGAUAAAUUGUUUGUAUAAUUUUUAAGCUUAAUUUUUAUUACUUUAUUGGUGUUAAGGAUAACAAAUGUGUAUUGUUAGUAUAGCUAUUCUAAUAAUUUUAUCUUAAAUGCUGCUCUUGGGAGUGAAUAUUCAAGUGUGCAUCAAUUUUUUGAAUACUUACCCUAGAAGAUAUAAACUGGGCAAGUAUUUUGUGCUCUGACUGUGUAUUUUUUUACUGCAUUGGACAUUGAAUAGUAAUUUGCGUUAAGAUAGGCUUAAAGGCUCUUUGUGACCAUGUUUCCCUUUGUAGCAAUAAAAUGUUUUUUACAAAAAACGUUCUCCCUGGAUUAGCAGUUUAAAUGAAACAGAGUUCAUCAAUGAAAUGAAUAUUUAAAAUCAAAAUUUGCCUUAAUGUAUCAGUUCAGCUCACAAGUAUUUUAAGAGGAUUGAGAAGACUUGAAGUAAAGAAAAAAAAAUUCUCAAUCAUAUUUUUAAAAAGUAAAACUAAAAAUUUUUUAAAAAACACAUUUCAAAUAGAAGUGAGUCUGUAACUGACCUUAUUUAUACUCUUUUUAGUUUGUUCCUUUUCCCUGUGCCUGUGUCAAAUCUUGAAGUCUUCCUGAAAAUACAUUUGAUACAAAGUUUUCUGUAGUUGUGUUAGUUCUUUUGUCAUGUCUAUUUUUGGCUGAAGAACCAAAAAGCAGACUUUUCUUUUAAAAGAAUUAUUUCUCUUUCAAAUACUUCUAUCCUUUUUUAAAAAUUACUUUUUAUGGCUUAUAUACCUACAUAUAUAAAAAGAGAACUUGAGCUUGAUAGAGGAUCUAUUCUUAAGUCAUUUGUUUUCAAACAACCAUCUAUCUAUGUCACUAAUAAGUAGUGCUCUUGUUUUUUUCAGUCUUUACUGUGGCCUCUUUUGAGAGUAGGGUCCGUUUUUUUUUUUUCUUUUUUGGGACAGGGUCUCACUCUGUCGCCCAGACUGGAGUGCAGUGUAGCCUCAACCUCCUGGGCUCAAGUGAUCCUCCAACUUAGCCUACCACAUAGCUGGUACUGUUAAGUGUGAGCCACCAUGCCCAGCUAAAUUUUGUAGUUUUCGUGGAGACAGGGUUUUACCAUGUUGUCCAGGCUGGUCUCGAACUCCUGGGCUCAAAUGACCUGCCUGUCUUGGCCUCCUAAAGUGCUGGGAUUACAGGUGUGAGCCCAUGCCUGGCGUAGGGGGCUGCAUUUCAGUGAAAUUAGAUUCUUAAAGUUUUGAGGCAUUGUAUGGAUAAAUGUAUUAUAUCAGAUUGUAAGGCAUUAAGUGGGUGAAUAUAUGGACAUUUGUAGAAUCCCACAGAUAAUUUAUCUUUUUGUAUAAAAUAAGACUUUUAAAACUAGACUUUCUGGACCAAUACAGUUUUUUUUUUUGAGGUGAACUAAGUUUGCCUACCUUAAAGCUAGGAAUAUCCAGUAGAUACUUGCAUCUAAUUUUAGGGAUUUGGUGCCAAAUAAGAGAAGGUUAUUUGAAGACUAGAGAAAUUUGGAUACUCUCUAGGAGUCUGUAUUUACUUAGCAGGCUUUUGAAAGCCUUUUUGCUUAGUUCAAAUUUUAGGGAUAAUAGGACUUGUUACCCGCUUGUUUCUCCUUUAUUUGAAAAUAUUUGUGGAAGGGCUAAGGUAAAAUAAUAAUAAAUUCCUCUAGGUUAUUAGUAUUUGGUUCUUUUGAUACUAAGCUGAGUGAUUUUUUAAAAAACAAUGUCUCUGGUAAUCUGAUUGAGAUAUGAAACUUUUGGAAAGAAGACUGUGUAACAAAAAUUCUAUGUAACAACUGGAUAAAUGUUUUAGAAUGAGAGAUAGGAAAGAACAUCUAAGUAGUGUUUUUUUGUGGGACACAUGAGCCUUUAUACAGACUAGCUAAUUUGCAAGAUAAUGAUAAAAGUGUAUUUUGUUACUGUGCUUUAUUCAGAAAUUCAAAUUCAUGUAUUUCCUAUUGGGUAAUUUGUAGAUGGGCAGUUUAUAGGCAAGUUAGUUUUUGUGAUCCUUAGUGUUUAUAUUUUCAUUGCUUUUGUAAUAAGGAUUUAUAUAAGAUCUUAAACAUCUUUCAACUUCUGUUUUCCAAUUAUCACUUGUUUUCUCUAUUACAAAGUGAGAUACAUAGUUCUAAAUAACCAAAGACAUUUAUUUAUAACCUACACAGUUGUUUCAGCUACAUGCCUAGGGACUAUCCUGUAUUCUUCCCUUUGUAUCACUUCCUACCUCCAGUCUGUCAAAAAGUCUGUCUGUUCUACUUCCAACAUUUAUCUGCCCACUCUUCUACCUCCACGGCAACCAACCCAGUUCAAGUCAUGAUCGUUUCUUAUUAACGAAUCUUGAUUCCACCCUUACUGUGGUAGAUUCAGUUUUCUACACAAGUAUAAGCUUUUAAAAAUGUAAUUCAGAUAAUGUUAAUCUCAUGCUUUUUUUUUUUUUUUUUUUGUACCUAUACAGUUAGAACUCCUUAUCAUGUUGAUCAGACUGGCCUAGCUUUCCAACUUUAUAGCAUAUGCCAUUCUUCUCACCAGCCAUAAUGGCCUUCUGUUACUUUUUUGAUGAAGUUCUUUCCUACAAAGACCUUUGCAUUUUCUGUUUCUAUAGCCUGUACCCAUCAGCUUCCCUUGGCUGAUUCUUCAUCCUUCAGGUCAUCUUAAAUGUUAGAAAACGGGAGUAGUUCUAAAAUGUUUGUAGAAGCGAGGAUUUGGGGGUACCAACCUAGAUUUUACUAGAGCAUAUUCUUUGGAGAUGUUCUUUUUUCCCACUUUUUAUUUUUAUUUUUUUAAUAUAGGAUCUCUCUUUGUCAUGCAGGCUGGAAUUCAGUGGCAUGAUCAUGGCUCACUGCACCCUUGACCUCCUGGGCUCAAGUGGUCGUCCCACCUUAGCCUCCCAAGUAGCUGGGACCACAGGUGUGCACCAUCACACUCAGCUAAUAUUUGUUUUGUAGAGAUGGUGUCUUGCUUUGUCACCAGGCUAGUCUUGAACUCCUGGACACAGGCAGUCCUCCCACCUCAGCCUCCCAAAGUGCUAGGAUUAUAGGCAUGAGCCACCACGCCUAGCCUGGAGGUGAUAUAUUUUUAACAAAUAUCUCACAUGAUUUUGAAGGUGGUCAGUGAUUGCACUUUGAGAACAUUCAUAGGGCCCUCAAACAAAUUCCUGGUGCCUGUAACUCUCCCCUAUCAAGACAGGAGUUUCUGCCCUUUUGAAUAUAAACAUAGGUUUGGGGAAUUCUUCAUAAUAUUUUCUGAAAGCACUGGAAUCUGUAAUAGACCUGCGGUAGUCAGAAAAUGGGGCCUUCCCCCCCCUCAUUUAAUACUUACAACUGUAUUGUGAAGUUAGUAGGAUUAGUACUUUUCUCAUAUAAUAAGCUCAUUCUUGUACAUGUAGACACAGAGAAAAGAACUACAAAGGUAAAUGUUAGUGCAUGUUGAAAUGUAUUUAAGAACUCUGUUUUAAUCUUGUGGAUAUUAUCAGAUUAUUUUAGAUGUUAUUUAACAUUUGAUUUAUUUACCAAAUUGUCCUUACUUUGAAUAUAAGCAGACUUUUUUUAUUGUGGUAAAGUAUGCAUAGCAUAAAAUUACCAUUCUAAUCAUUUUUUAAUGUACCAUUUAGUGGCAUUAAUUACAAGCAAACUUUUUUUUUUGAGACAUAGUCUCACUCUGUGACCCAGGCUGGAGUUCAGUGGCACUAUUUCAGCUCACUGCAACCUCUGCUUCCUGGGUUUAAGCGAUUCUCAUGCCUCAGCCUCCCGAGUAACUGGGAUUACAGGCACACACCACCAUGCCUAGCUAUUUUUUUUGUAUUUUUAAUAGAGAUGGGGUUUCAUCCUGUUGGUUAGGUUGGUCUUGAAUUCCUGACCUCAGGUGAUCCGCCUGCUUUGGCCUCCCAAAGUUCUGGGAUUAUAGGCAUGAGCUGCUGUGUCUGGCAUACAAACUUUUGAUUACAGUUUGAGACCUGUUGAUGGACAGAAAAUGGAGUAACCACACAGGCAGAAAUGUUCUAGUCUGCGUGACAGUUACGGUUCAUUUUAUAAAUAAACCAUUUGACUUUAUUUGGUAGUUAUGGUUCCUAUCCUGAGUGCUGGAUCUCUAUUUGGUAUUUGAACAAAUCCAGGGAAUCUGCAAGGCUGAAAGGCAGAUUCUUGGCAAUGGUAAAUUCAGUAGGUCCUGCCACCGUUUGAGGCCUCCUUGGAGACAGCCACACUAGUCUAAUCUCUGCUUGACUUUCCCUUCUUUUUUCCCAGACCUCUAAUUCCCAGAGGUCUGUUAUGAAUUCUAAUGCUUUCAGAACAUACUACGGAGAAUCCCACAAUGAUAAAUUUUCCCAGUUUUUGUUUUAAAACAAAGUUUAAAAAUACUAUAUUAGGGGUUAGGGUGAGGUGAUGUUGAUGUUGACAGAUGGCCCCCUUGGUGACAGGGAGGUAUGAAAUAGCAUGGAGUGUGGAAGGGUACUAUGAGUAGUUUAUUUAUUAGAUCAGUAUAAAGUAUAGAUUUAAAAGAGAUUAAAAUGGCAUGCUUGAUUCAAGUCAUUAUAUUCUAAAGUUCUAUUAAAAUUAUAGAGGAGGUACAGUAAUAUAAAUUUCAGUAAUAAAGAUAGCUUUAUAAUCACACUAGAAAGACAAGUGUGCUGUGAAAUAUUUCUAGAAGAUUUCUAGAAAACAAGGAAUUAGAUGUUAGUGAAACCAAGAGAGCCAAGGAACUGACAGCCACAUACAGAUGAUAAUUAAAGAAUGACUCUAGUUGUAGAGACAGCUCUGAGAUGGGAUGUCUGUAGUGUGCUAAGGCAGAUUUUUAAAGGACUAGAUAGUUAUUCUGGUCUCUGACUCAGAGCUACUGGUCCACACAAUUCCUCCAAGCUAAAGCUAUAACACAACUUGAUGUUUGCCAAAUAAGGUGAGACUCACAGAGUAUAUACGCAGAGCAUAUAAAUAGGGGUCAUCGAAGUGUGGCAAUGCCCUAGGUAUAUUGUGAUUACCGCAAGGAGCUUUGUUCCUCAUACUUACAAGCAAACAAAAAUCUGCCAGCUGUCUAUUUCCCAGUUUUCCUUCUGACUGUUCCUUUCUCCUUUCUCACACAAUUAAAAUGCUAGGUUUCCUGUAAUCACAAUCUUCAGGAAAUUUUUCACUCAAGCCCAGAAAAUAAACUCCAGAUAAUGAUACUGAGAAAUUUAUUGGUUGGAAAACUAUCUGCGGCCUCCCCAUUUCUUAGUAGAUUUUACAUUUUUAAAGGGUUGUAGAACACCAAAACAAUAUAUGACAGAUACUGUGUGUGGGCCUCAAAACCUAACCUUUAUAUAAAAAGUUUGUUGACUCCUAGGCUCUAAUUUGCAAAUAGACAAACAAAUGAGAAACAGCAAAAACUUAAGGAAAAGAGCGACAUGAAAUAUGUACAGUAAACUUAACAAGCAGAAAGAAUUCCUGGGAAAACAAUUCAGGGGGAAAAAAAUGACCAAGUAUAAUUAGUAUUAUAUGGAAUAAUAAUUAGCGCUACUUAUAAUAGUUUUAUAUGUAAUCCUCAUCAUAUUAUAUGUCAUAAUCUUCAAGUAUUUUAGAGGUUAUUGUACUAAUUUAAAAAAUGCAAGUUGCUAUAAAGAAGUAUCUUGGAAAUAAAAAACAGUUGUGAAAAUAAA